CGGCGCGGGGCAGUGUGGGGCGGGGGCAGAACGCCUCCGGCCGCGGUUUGGGCCCAGUGUCAGCAGCCGAGCGGGCGCUCGGGCGGGACAUGGCGGGCUGUGUGGCCCGGCGGGCCUUGGCCGUGGGCAGCCGCUGGUGGUCCCGCUCGCUAACUGGGGCCCGAGGGCCGAGGUCGCUCUGUGCGGCGGGUGGAGCUGGGGCCUUCCCACCAGCGGCGACCACGACGACGCGGAGGCACCUCUCGUCCCGAAACCGACCAGAGGGCAAAGUUUUGGAGACAGUUGGUGUAUUCGAGGUGCCAAAACAGAAUGGAAAAUACGAGACCGGGCAGCUCUUCCUUCAUAGUGUUUUUGGCUACCGAGGUGUCGUCCUGUUUCCCUGGCAGGCCAGACUAUAUGACCGGGAUGUGGCUUCUGCCGCUCCAGAAAAGGCAGAGAAUCCUGCCGGUCAUGGCUCUAAGGAGGUGAAAGGCAAAACUCACACUUACUAUCAGGUGCUGAUUGAUGCCCGAGACUGUCCACAUAUAUCUCAGAGAUCUCAGACAGAAGCUGUGACUUUCUUGGCUAACCAUGAUGACAGCCGGGCCCUCUAUGCCAUCCCAGGCCUGGACUAUGUCAGCCAUGAAGACAUCCUCCCAUAUACCUCCACUGAUCAGGUUCCCAUCCAGCACGAGCUGUUUGAAAGAUUUCUUCUGUAUGACCAGACAAAAGCACCCCCUUUUGUGGCCCGGGAGACGCUUCGGGCCUGGCAAGAGAAGAAUCACCCCUGGCUGGAGCUCUCUGAUGUCCAUCGGGAAACAACUGAGAACAUUCGUGUCACCGUCAUCCCCUUCUACAUGGGCAUGAGGGAAGCCCAGAAUUCCCAUGUCUACUGGUGGCGCUACUGUAUCCGCUUAGAGAACCUCGACAGUGACGUGGUGCAGCUCCGGGAGCGACACUGGAGGAUAUUCAGUUUAUCCGGCACCUUGGAGACAGUGCGAGGCCGAGGCGUGGUAGGAAGGGAACCCGUGUUAUCCAAGGAGCAGCCCGCAUUCCAGUAUAGCAGCCACGUCUCCCUGCAGGCUUCCAGCGGGCACAUGUGGGGCACGUUCCGCUUCGAGAGGCCUGAUGGUUCCCACUUCGAUGUCCGGAUCCCUCCCUUCUCCCUGGAAAGCAAUAAAGAUGAGAAGACGCCACCCUCAGGCCUUCACUGGUAGGCCAGCGAAGGCCUGAGCGCCUAGGCUCGGCCCCUGAACAGCUUUUAUCCCACAAUUGCUGCAGAACUCUUUCUCCACGGGCCACAGUGGAUCUCUUUAUCAUUUGCGCCAUUUGAUUGUGGGGUUCUUUUUUGGUGGGUGAGUGUAAUCGUUUUCUCCAGAAGACCUGUGUAGGAGUCCUCCAAGGCUGGCCUCCCCCGUAAGCCCUGGCUACACUGUUCCAGUAAACCUUUCCACCAGGAAUUCUCUGUUCAGCUGCCACAGGCCUGGGGUUUCCUGGCCUGUCAUACAGGUUGUUUGAAUUAUGAGGUUUGGUCAAUAAACCAGUGCACACUUGG